AUGUCUGAAGUGUCUGAAUCAUAUGCUCACCAAAAUCAACGAAGCAUUUUAAGCAAAGAUGUUAUUAGAUACAAACCAGACGAUUCAUCCGUCAGCAAAAAUAUUAACCGCCGUCGAGGGAUCCUUCAAAAUCUCAUCCCAGAAAUUUUGGAAUGCAUCUUAAUGUUUCUUCCUUUUCCAAAUGUUGUUGCACCUCUUUGCCGACAGUUUCAUGCAAUUGUAUCACAGUCCACAGGUUUUAAACGACGUUGGCUUCGUUUAUGGCUUAAUCCAAAAUUACCCGAUGCAUUUUUACCUGCCUACUCGAAUCUUUGCAAAGCUGUAGACACGGGAACUCCGUUCAACAUAUUGAUGCAAAUUAUUGAAUUACAGAGGUUAUGCAAGAGAACUUUGGCUUCUCGUGAUGGUAGCGUCACCAAAUUACUUGAUGCUGCGUUUCGCCAUGACGAAAGGGAGAAUCUAAUCCCAUUUUUGAUCUCCCGAGGGCUGAAUAUCGAGAGAUACAUCAAAGACCACACGAAAAAAGACUUUGAACGCUCAUACUCCGAUUCCGAUGAUAAAUUGGACAAGGACUACCUGUCACCAAUAAAGAUUGCCGGGAAAAGAUCCAAGGAUUUUAUUACCAAACUUUCGGCUUCUGCUUCCAAGAAUUUCUUUAUCGACACAGAUUUGGCGUUCGCGCUCGUUCUUCAUGAACGCCUUGACGUAGCCUCUGUCGUGGCCGUUAACCAACAACAACAUAUCUUGAAUGUUCUGGAAGAAAGUGUAGAUAGACAAUAUACCGCGGGUAUCGCCUGGGCUUUUCGCAACGGUGUGGGAGAUGCCGAAAGACAGAAUCCACUGUACCUUCGUCUAUGCAUAGAAAAAGCUGAUGUCAAGUCAGCUAGGGAUAUCAUCGAGAGCGGCGCGAACAUUCAUCUGUCACCAUCAGCUCAUACGGAUGAUAAUUCAAGCUAUGGGUCCACCAGUCUUUUGGAAUUUAGCAUACAAUGUUACUUACAGAAUCUCACCAUUGAUUUAAACAACGAAACAGCCAGGAAGGCUAUGAUCGUAUUAUUUCUAGAAAACGGUGCUGACCCGAAUGCUGACGACGGACGACCCUUGACGCUCUGUGUUACUAAUAACAACUGGGAACUCACGAAUCUUCUGUUGUCCUAUCAAGCGGACAUCUACGAAGAUGCCAUUAAGAUAGCCACAAGCUUAGGGUAUAAAGAUAUGGCCAGAAAGUUGUAUCGUCGAAGAUCGAG